AUGAAGUUGCAGUGUAUAUUCUCUAAAAUAUCUGUAUUUCUCUUAUUUUGUACUGCUGUGACUAUAUCUUUUGCUAAGGAGGUUCCACUUCCACUGCCAGCAAAUGAGUCAACUCGUUUAUCAGAUUCUGCUCCUUUGUUGGAUGAUUCCAGACAAAAUGGCUUUGAACACUCGAAAUUAAAACCUGAUGUGUCCGCUGUUGCCAAUUCUAACAGGAACAGUGCGGAAAAUGUAUAUGAACGAGUGUCAAACUCCAGAUAUGCUAAUUCAAAAGAUACAGAUGUUCAAAAUGAAGUUUUUAGUGAUGGGCCUGGAGCUGUAUCGGUCAACUUAUUGACUAGUUUAAGGCAUUUACCGCCUGGAAUGCACUCAGUUCUUGUUGUUAAGGCUCUCAGUUGGGUUGUUCUGGGUGUUAGUUCAUUCUUUAUUAAACCAAUGUGUCAACGGAUGGGGUCGAGACUUGUUUGGGCAAUGAGUAACUAUACUGUGUUUGCUUGUAUGGCCCUUACAGCUAUCAUUAGUUUGGUAUCUGUCAAAGAAUGUUCUCAAGGGAUUGAACAUGCAUUUGGAGGGAGUGCAGCAAUCAGGAGUGCUGUCCUGGUUGUAUUCAACCUUCUUGGCUUUCCUCUAGCUAUUACCUAUAGCGUUCCGUUUUCCAUUACAGCAGAGUUGACUGCAGAUUCUGGUGGUGGCCAAGGUCCGUGGGACGCUCUAUUUGGUGGGGGAAAUAUACCAGCCUUUAUUUUGGCUUCCUUCUGUGCUCUGGCCGCCGGGGUUAUUGCAACUCUUAGGCUGCCUGAUCUGUCAAGUUCCUUCAAGUCAUCUGUUUUUCAUAUUGGCUAA